AUGGGCACAGCAGGCAGCGCCGGGCACAACGCAUCGCUGCUGCCCCCCAAUGGGUCAUGCGGGGCUGGGGGGCUGCUGUGGGGGAACAGCUCGGGGCCCCCUGGCCCCCCGCGCCUGGUGGAUGCCUGGCUGGUGCCCCUCUGCUUCGUGGCACUGCUGGUGCUGGGGCUGGCGGGCAACUCCCUGGUCAUCUACGUGAUCUCCAGGCACCAGCCGAUGAGGACGGUCACCAACUUCUACAUCGCCAACCUGGCCACCACCGACAUCAUCUUCCUGGUCUGCUGUGUGCCCUUCACUGCCAUGCUGUACCCGCUGCCCGGCUGGGUUUUCGGGGAGUUCAUGUGCAAGUUCGUUAACUACAUCCAGCAGGUCUCCGUGCAGGCCACCUGCAUGACGCUGACGGCCAUGAGCGUGGACCGCUGGUACGUGACCGUGUUCCCGCUGCGCUCCCUGCGCCAGCGCACCCCCCGCGUCGCCGUCGCCGUCAGCCUGGGCAUCUGGAGCGGUUCCUUCGUCGUCUCCGUCCCGGUGCUGACGUACCACCAGCUGACGGAGGGCUACUGGUUCGGGCCCCAGACCUACUGCAGCGAGUCCUUCCCCUCGGCAGCUCACGAGAAGGCCUUCAUCCUCUACAACUUCCUGGCUGUCUACCUGCUGCCUCUGCUGACCAUCUGCGUCUGCUACAUUGCCAUGCUCUAUCAGAUGGGGCGUCCUGCCGUGGAGCCGGCCGAGAACGGCUACCAGGUGCAGCAGCUGGCGGAGCGGUCGGAGGCCUUGCGCGCCCGUAUCUCCCGCAUGGUGGCCAUCAUCGUGGUGCUCUUCACCGUGUGCUGGGGGCCCAUGCAGUUCCUCAUCCUCCUGCAGGCCUUCGCGCCUGGCUUCCAGCGCAACUACUACACCUACAAGGUGAAGAUCUGGGCCCACUGCAUGUCCUACGCCAACUCCUCGGUCAACCCCCUCGUCUACGCCUUCAUGGGUGCCAACUUCAGGAAGGCCUUCAGGAAGGUCUUCCCCUUUGCCUUCAAGCAGCGGGUGGGCGGCAUCGGCGCGGGCAGCGCCACCGUCAACACCAAGAUGCACUUUGUCUCUUCUGGCAAGUAGCGGGUGGAGGUGCCCUGAGCAGGGGGUGGGAGGAGGGCCCUGAACCCCCCAAAUGUGCCCCGUGGUCUGUCUUGUCCACCCCAGUCCUGCAGCCACUUCUGGGGUGGGGAGGCAGCGGUUGCUGGCGUGACCCAGAGCUACGCUCUGUGCCAGGUGAGGGCAGGACACGGAGAACGCUCCGUGCCGAGGGUGAGAUGAGCAGGCUCACCCAGGCCGACCACCUCUGCUAGCCACCGCCCGGGUCUUCUAGCCACCGCCAUGCCAGGACGUCUGCUUUUCUGAAAGAGGCUGCACCGUCCAGCUCCCGGCGCAAGCUCGGAGGAGGGGGAGCAACCCUUCUGGGCCCUGGGAUUCACACCACAGGUCUCUCCCACUGCUACGAACCAUGUGAGCCCCUCUGCACCCCAGCCCCAGGGGGAAAAACUGCUCAUCGUGAUGUCCCCAUCCCUGCUGCAAAGAGCAGCUCUUGUCCUGACACAGCUCUGUGCCACUUCCCAUCCUGGCUCGUGAGAGGCACUUUUGCUUGAGGGCAGGGAAAGCCCAAAUGAUUCUCCCCGCCGGAUGGAUGGGGCUAAGGGACUUGGCUGAGGCCACACAGGGGAUCAGUGGCAGAGCAGAGACUAGACCCACUCUCUCCAGGCUGUUUCUGCUGGGUACUGUCCUCAGAAGCAUCCGAUAUUGGCCACUCUUGGUGCUGGGAUCCUGACGGGCCGUGGCUUGCAGCAGCUCUAAGGCAGCCAGCUACGGUGAUAGUGGCUCUGAAGGCACCCGACCCGGGCCUGCCGAGGCAGAGAGUGCCCCAGGUCUGCAGCCGCUCAGCUGUCAUAGGCCUCUGUGCAAUGCUCUCCACGCUUCCCCUCUGCAGGGGAGGGAGGCUGCUUUUGUUCCAGGUGUGGUUGGGGGCAAGGGGGGCUGAGUCUGCCCCGACUCAUGACACCUGCUACCCGUUCAGCCCAAAGAGCGGGGGCGGGUGAAGCUCUGCUCCCCUGGUGCAAAGGAGGUACCACGAGGUUCCUCUGCAGAGGCAGCCCAUGCAAA